CUUUAGUGGGCUAUGAAACUUUUUUGCACAUUGGUAUUCUGGUACAAUUUGUCGUAAAGGCCUGUUCAAAAAAGUUAUUAUAUACUUGAGUAAAAACAGCUUACUGUGCAUCGAUGGAAAUAACUGUCUGCAUAAACUAAAAUCCUCGCAAAAGGACAAGGUACGGCAGUUCAUGUCCUUCACUCAAGCCGGGGAGAAGACCGCCGUAUACUGCCUCACUCAAAAUGACUGGAAACUAGAAGUGGCCACUGACAACUACUUUCAGAACCCAGACUUGUACCACAAGGAAUCCAUGAAAAGCUCAGUGGACCGGAAAAAGCUGGAGCAGCUCUACAAUCGAUAUAAAGAUCCUCAAGAUGAGAAUAAGAUUGGAAUUGAUGGAAUUCAACAGUUCUGUGAUGACCUCAAUUUGGAUCCAGCAAGCAUCAGUGUUCUGGUUGUGGCAUGGAAGUUUCGUGCGGCAACACAGUGCGAAUUCAGCAAGAAAGAGUUCAUUGAUGGCAUGACAGAGCUAGGGUGUGACAGUCCAGAGAAACUCCGAGCUCUUCUGCCCAGAUUAGAACAGGAUUUGAAAGAUGUUGGAAAGUUCAAAGAUUUCUAUCAAUUCACUUUCAACUUUGCCAAGAAUCCUGGACAAAAAGGUUUAGAUUUAGAGAUGGCAGUAGCUUAUUGGAACCUGGUGAUGGCGGGACGUUUUAAAUUCCUAGACCUCUGGAACAGAUUUUUAUUGGAGCACCAUAAGCGAUCAAUUCCCAAAGACACGUGGAACUUGCUUCUGGAUUUUGGCAACAUGAUUGCAGAUGACAUGUCAAACUACGAUGAAGAAGGUGAUAUCUUUUUUGUUCUAUCUUGUGAGCCAAGGCAGAAAAGCUGCCAUGAAAAUAUCAAAGCGCAUGUCUAUUUCAGUAUGAUCACUGCAUUUUUACAGGGUUCACAUGGUCAUGAAAAACCUGGAAAUAUCAGCUAAUUUUAAAUUAGUGCUUUCUAGGCCUGGAAGGUCCUGUUAAAGUCUUGGAAAUUUCUGUUUUGAAUAUACUUUUUUUUCUAGUUAUGCUUGGCUUUUGCUCUUCGUAAGUGCAAUCUCUAUAAAAAUUAUAUUUAAAAAUCCAUAUCCAGUAAUCAAAUAUGACUGGAAAAGUCAUGGAAACUUAUUGGUCAAAAGUUAGAGAAUCCAGUUUUUAGAGACAGGUGCUUGCUUAGUUAUAAAAUGGCAAGGCUUUGGAACACAAAGAAAGUAAAUAACUGCUUUCACACAGAGUAUGUUGACUUUUAAUUAUGUGACAUGUUUUUGUUUCAGGAGCUUGGCCUGUUCUCAUUGAUGACUUUGUGGAAUAUGCUCGGCCAAUUGUGACGGGAUCAAAGCGCAAAACUGUAUAAAAACGCUACUGCUGGGCGAGAACUUACGCCUUGUUCGCCUCUUUGACUUUGUAGUUUUUUUAAAGACUUGUAAGCAUAAUAAGAGAGAACUAAGAGAAACACUUGAAAAAAAACAAGCUUUGCAAAGGACGACAGGACAGAAAAGACAACUCAGACCUCCACACCACACAGGAAGGACAAGAGUGCGAGACUCAAACCAUCAAAUGCACAUGGCCAGCUAUUUGCACUGGCAACUUAAUUCUAACCUGAGACCCUUGGAGACCCUUUGGGUGGAUCACUUCGAACCUAGUACCUCAUCUCCAUUGCAACCAGUGUCACUCUAAGGCCAAGUCCCCAUUGCCUACCCACUCCUCACAGUCUGAAUUGUGAAAUAGUGUCAGAGUUCUCCAGUUUUUCUUUUAGACCAUGUACCCAUUUGUCCGGGUGUGUAUCUCAUGCAAGACUUGAGUGUGAUCAUGUCCACUUUUUAAGCCAGACAUUCAUGGGCAGCACAGCAUGCAGCUCACAACACCAGCACUAUUGUUACAGUUGUAAAAUGCUGUAUCUACUGCAGCAGUAUGUACAGAGAGAAAAUUAUUAUCAUUGAUGUUUCAUUUGAAAAAUGACAUAUGAGAGAAAAGCGUGAAAAAAAAAUAUAGACGCCUCCAUUCUAUGUUUUUGUGUGAAUUUAGGUCAAACGUGUCAUCUGCCCUGUUACAGAACUUGUAACAACACGGUUCAGUGUUACUCUCUUUUUUUUUGUUUACCAGAUUUAUGUUAAGAAAUAAAUUAUUGCCCUUUAUGUUCUUCUCAA